AUGUCCACCCUCAAACCGCCUUCACUACAGCACCGGUCAUCUUCAUCACAUACCUCGACUGGGCCUCCCAAAGCUCCCCUCAAAGUUGAUCCCUCGGCGACCAUAGCAGACACCGCUGUCUUUCAAGGCACAUACCCUGUGACAAUCGGCGCAGGCACCAUCGUUCACCCUCGCGCCAAAUUCUACUCUUUCGAGGGCCCGAUAUCCAUCGGCGACGGAUGUAUCAUCAGUGAAAAAGCAGUCAUCGGCGCCGCGCCGGGGACUUCCUCCUCCUCUUCCACCUCGUCAAGACCCUCACCUUCCUCGUCAACAAGACCAUCUCCUACAUCCUCAUCGAUGGAUCUUGCGCCGUCUUCUUCCCUGUCAAGGGGGCACGACUCGAACUCAACAACCACUCCAACGACUCGCAUCUCCUACUUCGUCACCAUUGGCCCGCAUUCCACCAUCCUCCCAGGCGCCAAUAUCCACUCCGCAGCCACAAUUGAGUCACUCGUGACAAUCAACCGCCACGCCGACGUUGGCGCGCACUCCAAGAUUUGCUCCGGCUGUCAGGUCCCCGUACACGGUAUCGUGCCUGAAUGGACAGUGGUCUGGGGCUCGGAGGUAGGACAGCGGCGCAAGCGUGCGCGCACCGCGAGGGAUCCUGCGCCCGCGGUGGUCGUCGCCGCACACGUUACGCAGAGUCCGGUUCCGGCGCCGGCGCCGGAGGGGAAAAUCAUUGAGGAUGCGAGGUUGAUGGUGCUUCAAAAGGAGAGGGAGGUGUUGGCGAGGAUGAUUGUGCCCGCUGGAGCUUCGAAGAGGAAGUGA